UAACCGCCGCCUUAAAACAAGAAGAUGAACCGGAAAUAAAUACGCUGCGACUUUCCCGGAAGCGUCUAUGUUUUUUUUCUAGCUGUGAUCCGUUGCAAGGUUUGCUUUAGAUUCUAGUUAUGGCUGAUGACGGCUCACUAGAGGAUUACCCUGCUGAAAUUGCUGGAUACCUGACUGAUUUCUUGACUUCUGUGAGCUCGGUCCAAAAUGUGAUCCAAACCCUCAUGUCUGUGUCGAAGGGCGUCUGCUUAAAGCUUACCCCGCUUGAGCAAGCCAAACUGGACUUAAUGUCUGCAUAUGCCCUCAACUCUUUAUUCUGGAUGUACUUGGUAACACAAGGAGUGAAUCCAAAAGAUCAUGGCAUCAAACAGGAGCUGGAGAGAAUCCGAACCUACAUGAACCGGAUAAAGGAGAUGACACAGAAGAAACCAACAGCUCGGCUGGCCAAAGAUGCGGCAUCUCGUUUUGUCAGGAAUGCACUGUGGGAUGGAGAUGAUGCCAAAACCAAAAACCGCAUGGUGCAGCACAGCAAAGCCAAGAAAAGGAAACUGAGUUGAGGAGCACAGAGACUGCUGGGACUGUACAAUACAAAUGCACACACUGUCUUCAUCAUUGGUGUGCUUUCUCACGUCAGCCAUUUCUUCUUCUUAGGCCUCUGUUUUGCUGAGCAGCAGAUUGAUGUUUGGUGUUUGUCUGAAAUGUAAUUUUCUUGACUGACUUUUUUUAUGAUAAGAUCGCAAUGGGAAGUAUUUUCAAAUAGCCUACAUAAAGUUGUAAUGUUUGUCAUGCAGAGUUUUUUUUUUUGGUUAAGGUAUCCAAGUAAAAGUUCAGAUCUGCAUACAUCAGUUCUUGAAAUGCUGAUUUUAGUUCUUUCUUUUAUGAGAAUCUGGAUACAAACAAAAGUCAAGCUCUGGUUUUUUUUUUUUUUUUUUUACGUUUUUUUAUUCCAAUUAUGUUGUGGGGUGUUUUUAAAAAAAUAUUUUUAAACGCUACUUUCACUUCAUUGUAGGUGGAUGUGAAAACAUGAAAGUAUAAUCAUGCUUUUCUUUUUUCUGCAGUAAAUGCUUUGGGGUGGAGGUAGAAUACACACUGCAUGGGAGGCCAGUCCAGUGCAGGAUGCCAUGCACACACAUUUGCAGGCUUGUGCACCUACCAGUAAGCUUUUUGGAAGUGGUAGGAAACUAGAGAAGCUAGAAGCAGCCCAUACCAUGGGCAAGCAGAGAAAUGAUAGAACACUCCACACAGUAACUUAUGCUUAGGCUUGACCUGGGGACUGUGGUGCUGCUCAAAGUAAAAUUAGGCACCAACUGUAUUUUUAAUUUAACAUAGUUAAUGUAUUGAAAGAAUUGGUCAGUUUUAGCAUCUAAAAAGUGUUUUUAAAAAAAUCUGAUAAUCUCUAUAAUGGUGUGAGUGUGAAUGGUUGUCUGUGUCAGCCCUGUGAUGACCUGGCGACUUGUCCAGGGUGUACCCCGCCUUUCGCCCGUAGUCAGCUGGGAUAGGCAUGGUAGCCGCGGGGUCUUAAGUCUUAAAUUUAAUAUUCCAAAAUUAAGGCCUUAAAAAGUCUUAAAUUGCUUUGCCCAAGUCUUAAUUUUUUUAAACAAAGGUCUUAAAUUUACUCAUACUAUUCUACAAUGUGAAAAUGUGGGUGCGUAACAUCAGUGAAUUUCUUGGAGUAUGCGCAAAGAAAGAAACAAUAUUGAUACAUUUUCAUGCCGGCGCAAUCGUCGGAGUCCGUGGUGGAGAGGAGACUCCGCAAAUCGCAGCAUGGGGAAGUGUCGUUUUAAUCAGCAGCAGCGAUGGGAAUAACGGCGUUAGAAAUUAACGGCGUUUCUUUUUUUAGUAACGAGUAAUCUAACUAAUUACUUUUUACAUCGUUAUAACGCCGUUCCAGUUACUUACAAUAAAAUACUAUGCGUUACUUUAUUUACGCUGUUUUCAUCUGGCACGCUGCUCGUUCAGCCUUUCUUUACUCUGCUUUAGUGUGGGGCGGGGAGAUGCAAGACAACGAUACAGUAAGCCAAUCAGAGUAGAUUUGGACAACGUACGUAGGUAGGCCACGCCUACGGCACUACUGCGCACACUUUCAAUCAGAAGACACAGCGAUGGCGAGCGGUCAGCCCAACACUGUGCUUUCAAAUUGGAAAUACAGCCGUUACUUUUCAUUACUUGAAAUAAAAGGCAAAAAUGUAUACGUGCAAUGCACAUUAUGUCGAGGAACAAAGCGUUUGUCCUCAUCAGUGGCCAGUAAUUAGUAACAAUUUUAAUAUCUACGAAAAUAUAUUAAAUUUGAUAGAUGUCUUAUCACAUUGUCCCACAAAAAUAUUAAUAUAGUGUAAAUAAUGUUACUGAUUAGUUCUGUUAAGUGUCCAUUUCAGUCAUUAAACACAUUUCACUUUUAUGAUUACACUAAUUGAAUUUGAUUUUUUUUUUUUUUUGGGACCUAAUGUAACAGAUUAAUUACUUUCCCUGGUAAUUAGUUACUUUAAUGACAAAGUAACUCCGUUACUCAGUUACUUUUUGGGAAAAGUAACUAGUAACUAUAACUAAUUACUUUUUGAAAGUAACGUGCCCAACACUGAGAAAGAUAUCGUGAUUGGGUGAGGGAGGUUCCUGGAAGCGACGUUGAAGCAAGAUGCUGUGUUUGUCGAAAGACCUUCAAGUUGUCCACUAUAGGUCAUUUCACUUUAGAGUCUCACAUGAAGAGCUCAAAGCACAUUGCAUCUGCACUCCACCGCCACCAGCCCAUCGCUCAGUUCUGCACGGUUCAAUCUACGAAUGCACCUGGAGUUGGCACUAACACCACUGUUGAAUGUCAGCAGCAGCAGCCAAGCCAGACAUCAUCGGCAAGGCUAGCAACAACACAAGGGCCGAGCAGUGGCAUGAUGGGUGUCGGUGGAACUCCGACACUUCGGGCAGAGGUGCUCUGGAUUUUAAAAACAAUUACGGAACACCACUCGUACAGCUCGAAUGAGGGCAUAAGCGAACUCUUUAAGGCUAUGUUCCCGGACUCGGAAGUUGCUCCAACAUUCUCCUGUGGAAAAAAAAAAAAAAGUCUCGCAUAACAAAAUUCAGUCUUGCUCCUUAUAUAACAAAGGAGUUGGUCAAAGAUGUUAACGAGGCAAGUGGUGGAUUCGUCGUAAUGUUCGACGAAAGUCUAAAGACGACGAAAAGUAAACAAAUGGACCACUCUCCUAUCUGUCUCUCUCUUAUACUCUCUCAUAUAUCUGUCUAUCGCUCGCUCUCUCCUGUCUGUCUAUCUCCUAUCUAUCUGUCGGUCUGUCUCUCUCUCUUAACUGUCUACCACUCUCUGUCCUAUCCAUCUGUAAAUCUCACUAUUCUAUAUCUUUUUUUUUUAUCUUUCCUCUCCUCUCUCCUAUCUAUCUCUUGUCUGUCUACCACUCUCUUUAUAUUAUGUCUAUCGCUCUCUCCUAUCAAUCUCUUAUCUCUCUUCCCAUCUAUCCCCCUCGUCUCUUAUCUAUCCACCUCCACAUCUGUCUUCCCUCCCUCCCUUGUUUACUAGGAGUAUUUACAUUUCUUUUUAUUCUUCAAAAUGUAAAAUGGUUGAAGCAAGUUGAAUGCUGGGAAACUAAGACAAAGAGUUUGUCUGUUUAUCAUCUCUGGGUGCAUGGUCAUAAUUAGUUUAGAGACAGUUCUUUAGGCCUUGAGUUGGGCCCUCGGUUUGGGUUUUUGACUGGUGAGUGCACACCUUUUGUACCAAUGUAUUGGUACGCCAAUUGCAUUUUUGUGCACCUUUAAGAGACUUUAGGCUUACCUCUUUUCUAUCCAUCUAUCUCUCUCUCUUCCCAUCUAUCCCCCUCGUCUCUUAUCUAUCUAUGCCCCUCUGUAUCUCUCUCCUUCCCUCAUUUACAAGGGUACAAAAUGUAAAAUGGUUGAAGCAAGUGCUGGGAAACCAAGACAAAGAGUUUGUCUGUUUAGAGUGUUGUGAAUGUUUUGAUAUUUUAUAAAAAAAAAAAUACCCACAUCACUUUAUUUUAAGUAUUAUCUCUGGGUGCAUGGUCAUAAUUAGUUCAGAGACAGUUCUUUAGGCCUCGAGUUGGGCCCUCAGUUUGGCUUUUUGACUGGUGAGUGCACACCUUUUGGCAUUAAUGUGUUGGUAUGCCUAUUGCAUUUUUGUGUACCUUUUAAGGCCAUGACUUGGACCCUAUGUUGUGCUCCUUUCUUCCAGGUUUAGACUUGUUUUUUUUUUGUCUUGAAUGUGAAGAUUUGACAAGCAAUGCACAUAAUGACUUUUAUAUUGCACAUAUACUUUUACUUUAUAUAAAAGUAUAUAACUUUUAUACUAAAAGUAUUUUUACUUGAAA